UCUUCCCGCCAAAAACGCAGCGUUUAAUGCCCUCUUCCUUCCUCGCAUCUUCCUCAGACCAGAAAAUGCGUGAACCUCAGUGCUGUUCCCGGCUAUGCCGGCUGAUCGAUGACUCUCUCCGUUCAUACAGGGAAUUGGAAGUGGGCUCUGUGACGAAGGAGAAGGACAAAGAGAUUCUACUGUCUCUAUCACAGGUUUUUCGAGGAAUUCAGCUUUGGAAUCAAGAGUUGGAUUCUGAUUCCGAGAGUGGUUCAGUGGAGAGAUUGGUUUGUGAGAUUAAAUGCUUGGAUGGGUGCAGCUCACAUUCUGAUGAAAUUCAAUGUCUGUCCAAAAUCGUAGCUGAGUUGGUGUAUUUGUUGACUGUCAAUAGUCAAUAUGUUCGACAUUUGGCGAGCAAUGUUCUGCUUGUCGUUUCGGAGCUUGUGGCUGCAUCUGGAAGCAACUGGGAAGCUUUUAUUCAAUGUUUGUGUUUUUGCCUCGAUUUGGGGAUCAGAACUUUGCAUUCUGAUCCCUUGGCACAUUCAGUGAUUGGAGCUGAUGAUUUUAAUAGCAAUUUUUCUAGUUUUGUACCUGUAAUAAAAGAUAAGCUGAAAGGUGCUAACUGGUCUGCAUUGGCUGGCAUCAUGCGGGUUUUACGCUAUAUCUUGAAACACUUGACCCCGGAGAAUGAUUUUGAGCUCAUUUGUGCAUUCUUUGAUUCUAUCAAUUCUUGUCUGUCAAAUGUGCAUUGGGAUUCACUUACUGAGAUUUUUGUUGAGUCAGAUGGUGGUGCUACUAAAAGCUCUGUCACAGAAGCUUCAUUAGAAAGACUAUUGUUUCUAGGAAAUUUUGUUCAAUUCCUCUGCUCCUUGGUGGACCAAAGCGGUGCCAUAGAUACUGCAGGUAGUACUGUGAAUAAGCAUCCAGUUAUUUUGUUAACAAUUGUCCUUGUACCCAAACUAUUAGGUUGGUUUCCUGGCAAGCAAGGAGAUGGUGUUAGCAAGUGCAUCAUUCAGUACAUCAGACACAAGCUAUUGGUGUUGAUGAUCAGGCUCAGUGUCCCAACUUAUUUGAACUUCUCAACUACUGUUUCAUGGUUGCAGCUAGUCCAUAAUUACUUUGGUGAGCUUUUGUGGCAGCCUAUAACCCCACUUGAGUUGGUUCAGAAUGACAGUCUACAAGGAUCUCCAUUUCUAUCGAGUAUGUUUGAUGAAGAAGUUAAUAAUGUAUCCUCCCCGCAUGUACAAAGGCGAGCUAUAUUCCUUUUCCUAAGGUGUUCAUUUAGUCUGAUCAACCUAAAGGGAGAUACGGUUAUAGAAUGUACUUGCACAGCUCAAAACUUGUGCUUGCCUAACGACUCAAAUGUGGAGUUAGAGUGUUGUGGAAUAAAGAGAGGCUUUGCAGAGCUUUAUCACUGGCUUCAAGGGCAGGUACCAACUGAGAUUAAUCUGAACCACAAAAUGUACUUGAAGAAGUGUUUGGAUUUCACCUUAUCCUUCCUUCGACUAUACAUGCAUGAGGAUGAUUUAUUAUUCAGAGUGCUUUUGCUACUGCUUUCUGUACCUUUUCCUCCAGAGACACAGUUUCAGAAGGAAAAAGUGGCUUCUCAGGAUGAAAAACAUGAUAUGAUUUCUCACGUUUCAAACAUUUUUAAUCCUGUGCACUUAUUCCAUCUAUUUCUUUCUGAGUUACACUAUGAUCAUCAAGUGCUUCUGGAUUACCUUAUUUCGAAAGAUACGGGAAUAAGUUGCGCCGAGUAUCUUUUAAGGUGCUUGCGCACAAUUUGCGGUUCCUGGCACUUUUUUGUACAGUUCUCAGCAAAUGGGCAUUAUGAGAAUCAAUUAUCUUACAAGAAAAGAAAAUUUUUAUGGGACAACUCAACUGAUCAUGAUUUGGAUUCUUCAGUACCUGAGGAUAAAUGUGUGGAGGGAUUUGCCGAAGGGUCGAAAUCUGGUGGUAAGCAAUAUUGCCUUGCAGUAAAACCAUACAAGAAAGCCAGAGAGUGUUUGCUAUCACUUAGAGUUUCUGUUGAAAGUCUCCAUAACAAGAAUUUGUUUCCUUACAAUCCUAAAGUUCUCUUGAAAAGAUUAUGGAGAUUUGAGGAGCUCUGUCUUGAGGAAGAUAAACAGCUCCUCUAAAAGAAUAAAGAAACAAAAUAGAAGUGCAAGCAGCAAGAGUGUUAGCAGUAUUAUCCUCUAAUAUUAAGGUUUCAACAAAAACAAGAUCUCGUGUGAGAUUAUCAUGAAUAGUUUAUUAAUGGUCCCAAGUCCCAUGGACUUUUAUUUUCUUUUGACUAAGAAUGCCACCAUACCAAGCUGCCAACAGAUGCUUGAGUGGUCAACAUGACAUUUUUGAGGCUCUAUGGGCAUGAUUAAAAAGUAUUAUCGCACCUAUUUGGAAUGUACUAGUUGAAGAUAUCUGCGGGGACCAUAUUAUGAGUGAUUUAUUUGUUAUAAAAGGCUGGACCCAAUGAAGAAUGGCAUAUAGCAAUAAAAGUCCAAAGACACAUCAGGAGAUGGAAAACAAAGGAACACAUUUUGUGCUGGUUCAUGGAUCUUGUCAUGGAGCAUGG